CAAAGAGAGCACGACGAAGGCCAAGAAAACAAGAACAAGAACAACCAGAACCAGAACCACGAACGCGGCAUGUACAGCCGGAGGGCACGGAGCACCCGGAACGCCUCGGCGGCCGGAAGCGGCGGGGGAACCCCCUCGAACGCCCGGACCACCCGCGGSCGGAGCCAAAAGGCCAAGCACCCCCGGCGGGGGGGGGCAAACCCCAACGCCGCCCGGCUCCGGGCCUCGAUCGACCGGCCGCCCGUGGUGCCCUGGGUGAGGGUGAUGCGCAAGCCGGCGGGCCACCUCCGCAACUCCUUCCUGGUCGAGAAGUGGGUCCGGCCGUCCGACCUGAAAGGGGCCGAGCGGGAGUCCUACGAGAAGACCCAGAGGGAAAGGGGGGAGGAGCGCAAGCUCUGGGCCGAGGCGCAGCAGCGGAGGAGGGAGCGGGAGGAGCUUGAAAAGCAGAAGGAGAAAGAAGAGAAGGAGAAAGAAGAGCGGGAAAAGGCCCGGAUCGCCGCCGAAGAAGCCGUGGAACAGCAGCCGCAACCACCCGCAGCUUCGGAAACAGCCAAAGAAACAGCCGCAGAACCGACGCCAGCGAUUGUGGGCGCAUCCUCGAGUGCAACGCCAAGCGCCACGCCAAGCGCCACGCCAGGUGCAACCGGGACGGGGCCUCUGGCACCGGGUGCGGCGCCGGGACCGCCAAACCCCUCGGCAACUCCGAACGGGAAGGAUGGGAAUCCGGGAGGGACGGAACCUCCGGCAACAGCGACGGCAACAGCGACGGCAACAGCGACGGCAACAGCGACGGCAACAGAAGCUCCCGUGGAGCCACCUGCCGAAGCAGCGAAGGAACCGGCGGAGCCGCCGGGGGCGCGAGAGCCCGCGGAACACGAACCGGCACGCCCGCCACAAGCAGCGACAACGCCGACGACCGACUCCGUGGGCGGUCCUCCCCACCCGCCGCAGCAGGAGCCGUCCAAACGGGCCUCCCCGCCGCCAUCGGUGGAGCCGGUGGCGAAGAAACCGAGGAUCGAGGAUCCCGCCGACGCCGGCUCGGUUCCUCCCCCGCAUUGAUACAGCGCCGCGCUUCGCUUCCAUCGACCGGGGAUGCCGCCAAAAACAAGCACGGUACCGCGCAGCUGGUGGGUUYUAUGUCUAUGGCAC